UCUUAUCACAGAUCGCCUAUAUAUACCCCAGUUGAGUGGAUCACCAUUCACAGCAUCACAUACAAUAACAAGCAAAGACAAUUAACUGGUUUCUUACCAGCACAACAAAAAAAAAAUGAAGGGAGCAGUGAUCUCAAUGUUGGUAGCAGUCGCCAUGGUUCAGUACAUGGCGACGCCAGGAGAGGCCAUUGAUUGCGGACAAGUGAGCUCCUCUUUGGCAGCUUGCAUUCCCUUCUUGACAGGAGGGAACGCUUCUCCAUCAGCUGGAUGUUGCAGUGGAGUCAAGAAUCUGAACUCACUUGCUCAGACAACUGCUGACAGGAGAGCUGCAUGUGAUUGUAUUAAGAAAGCAGCCGCUCGCUAUCCGAACAUAAAGGACGAUGCUGCCUCUUCACUUCCUCAAAAGUGUGGGAUUGACUUCAAUAUUCCCAUCUCCAAAUCCACCGAUUGCCAGUCGUAA